AUGAUACCUUGCUCUGAUGAUGUUCGUCAUAUGACACACGAAAGCUUAGCACCUUUUCACCGGAAUCGAAGAAGAUUACUUCACAAACGGCGUCAGCAUGAAUCUUCCAGUAAAGCCAAUCGACAACUGGUCAAGAGGAAUCCACCGCCGUCUUCCGGUGGAACCGAACUUCGAAUCUCUUUACCCAACACUUUCACUCGAAAUGGAAAUAAGGCUAAGAAAUCUCAGCCUAUCCUACAUAUUCUAUUUGACCAAUUACAUCGUCUCGUAGUGCAAACGGAAUGCUCCAAACCUGAAACUGUACAACUGUCUUUCCUUCAAUUGCUUCGUCUAAUUUUGCCUUCGCCUCAAUCUAAACUCCGAAAUAUUCGUUUGAUAUUGAGUCUUCCCAAUCAUCUUAAACCUGUGCUUCUUUGUUUACCUCAUUCGGAAUAUCAGUCUAUGGAUCUCGACUUUUAUGAUGGCGAACUCGAGCUAGAAAUUGACGAUUUGCUGAGGCACUUUAAUCGUCGACUUACAAGUGACCAGCAUAAACGACUUGUAGAAUAUCUGCGAAGCUGUAUGAAUGCUUCUCCAUCUGUUCAGAGAUAUCAAGAUAUCCAAAGUUCCCCUGGCUCUUCUGGGGCACAAAGGAAGAUUUCACCCCUCGGCCUUCAUUUGGUAGUCUGGUGGGCUGCUCGAGAGUGGCAUUCUUACACUUCGGAGGAAUCCUGCAACCUGCCCGAACUGGAAGACACCCAAAGUCCUGUUUUAGCCUGUCGGAUUGCUGAGACGAUGAUAAACCAUGUAUUCUUUCAAUUGGAACAGCGAUAUGGACGAGAAAUAGUGUCAUAUACUUUACUGUUUAUAACGGUAAGCCAUAAUAGCUAUGAUGCUAUUGGAUGUAUAAAAAGAAUCCUGAAUAUUACAGCAUAUCCACAAGGUCUGCAAAUAUACCUUGAACGAGAUGAUUGGCAAUAA